GUCGCUCCUCCCCGGAAGGCGCCGCGUGGAUCCGGGCGGCAGCUCAACAUGGUGCGGAAGCUCAAGUACCACGAGCAGAAGCUGCUGCGGCGGCUGGAGCUGGUGAGCUGGGAGGCGGCUCCGGGACACGUGGCGGAGCUGCGGGCGCUGCGGCGGUUCCGCGUGGGGCGGCGCGAGGACUAUACGCGGUACCGGGCGCUGGCCCGGGACAUUCGGGCCCUGGCGCGGCGUCUGCGGGACCUGGGCCCGGCCAGCGCCGCGUUCCGCUCCCGCAGCUCCGCGCUGCUGCUGCACAAGCUGUACGCCAUGGGGAUCGUGGGCUCGCGCCGCUCCCUGGCCGUGUGCGAGCGCGUGUGCGCCGCCUCGUUCUGCCGGCGCCGCCUGCCCUGCGUGCUGCUGAAGCUGCGCAUGGCGCAGAACAUGCGACACGCCGUCACCUUCGUGGAGCAGGGACACGUCCGCGUCGGGCCGGACCUGGUCACCGACCCCGCCGUGCUCGUGCCCCGCGCCAUGGAGGACUUCGUCACUUGGGCCGACGCCUCCAAACUGCGCGUCAAGGUGCUGGACUACAACCAGGAGCGGGACGACUUCGACCUGGAGGCGUAGGGACGGCACAGCCGGGCUGAGAUACACGGGGAGAACACAGAGCUGCCAGCCCGGCCUGCACACAGCACACACAGCACUGAAAUGAACUGAGCUGCUCUGCCCACAACACACACACACUGCAUGAGACCUCACUGCGAUGCUGCCAGACUAAGCACACCGAGGUGCCGGGCUCACCCACCAGCUGCAGCUGCUCCCUUGCUAAGGAUGGCACUGAAGGAGCUUUGCAUGAGGCCAAGCAGCCACUGCAGGGCUGUACCAUGUGCCCAGUGCUGCUGCCACCCCAGGAAGGCAGGAAGGCUUCUCCAGCCCAGAGCAACGUGCCAGCAGGGAGGGCUGUGCAGUCAGCGAGGGACCCAGUGGUGCAUAAUGGGACUGUGGGUGUCUGGGCCUCACACAGACAACAGACAGAAGCGGACUUGGCGUUCCUGUGACAGCUCAGAGCGGGGCAGGGCAGGCUGCAGCUCCAUGCUGGGGGUGUUAGUCCUCAGCCCAAAAAGGCAGAAAUAAAAUGUCCCAUUUUGAAGAAC